AUGGCAGGGAAGGACAGCAGCAUGCAGGCGUUCGUGAUGGACUUCAUGCUCGGCGGCGUGUCUGGGGCAGUGUCGAAGACGCUGACUGCCCCGAUCGAGCGCGUGAAGCUCGUGGUGCAGACGCAGGAUGCCAACCCGAAGAUCCGCAGCGGGGAGGUGCCCCGCUACACCGGCAUGGUGGACUGCGCCCAGCGCAUCAUGAAGGAGCAAGGCUUCAAGCGAUUCUGGGACGGCAACCUGACCAACUGCAUCCGCUACUUCCCGACCCAGGCCUUCAACCUGGCCUUCAAGGACACGUUCAAGAAGAUGUUCCCGAAGUACAACCCAAAGACCGAGUUUUGGCAGUUCUUCGGCGCCAACCUGGUGUCGGGUGGUUUGGCAGCCGCCGCCAGCAUGACCAUUGUGUACCCGCUGGACUAUGCCCGGACGCGCUUGGCGUCGGACGUGGGGUCCGGCAAGAAGACCUUCAGCGGACUGGGCGACUGCAUCAUGAAGACUGUGCAGGGCCCCGGUGGCUUCUUUGCCCUGUACACCGGCUUCGGCGUGUCUGUGUGCGGCAUCAUCGGCUACCGUGGCUUGCAGCUGGGUACCUUCGACACCAUCACUGGCCUGAACCCCUACAAGAAGGACAAGGGCAUCCUGGGAGCCAUCAGCACUUUCGGUGCGGCGCAGACGGCCAUCACCAUCGGUGCAGGUGCCACCUAUCCCUUCGACACCGUUCGAAGACGCCUGCAGAUGCAGUCCGAGAAGCCUCCUGAGGAGCACAUCUACAAGGGCACCGCUGAUUGCUUCAAGAAGAUUGCCGCCGAGGAGGGCCGCGGCCCCAGCUGCACCACCAAGGGUCGCCAAAGGAUGCCAAGGGCACAGGCAGAGACAGGCUUGGUCGCCGGCCUCUACAAGGGAUUCCUGGCCAACGUCGUGCGCAGCGUGGGCGGCGCAUUGGUGCUGGCCGGGUGUCGUUGCCCUCCGCUGAAUGUGAUUUAUGCAGACCUGGACGACUGCGUCCGUUUCCGCGCCAGCCAGGAUGUGAUUGUUCCCAGUUGA